UGUGUUGUUCAUGGGCUGAAAACCGGUGUAAUCAGGAAGCUGAGAAAGAUAGAGGCAGAGAGAGAGUCAGAGGAGAGAAGAAAAGAAAAAGACUGCCUUUACAGUGCACUGGAGGCUGCGACAGUUACCACAGGAGGAGCAGAGAAAAGAAAAGAAGGGGAGGUUUUCUGUGUGAUCCUGCUGUAAGAGCAGCAGAGCGAGUAUCCUGUGUUUCUCCUCUGUCUCUCUUGCUGUCAUUCGCUCUCUUCCACUGUGCCGACGGGGGAGGGUACAGCAACCGUCCCAGGCCUAGAUACAUGUCCCAGCAUCCCUCAAGAGCUCAGACAAGGCCACUGCGACCGUCACGGACACUGAGAACAGGACAAGGCAGGGACACAGAGAUCUGAGUGGUGCAUUUGGGCCAAAACCCCUCAAGCCCCAGAGAUCCCUCCCAGGGACCCCUGUUUCUAUCACACACUACCCCAUCGACCUGCGAACAUCCAUGGAGGAAAAAUACAAAGAGAUUGCCGAGGAGCUGUUCACACGCAGCAUGGCAGAGAGUGAGAUGCGGAGUGCUCCCUAUGAGUUCCCCGAGGAGAGUCCCAUCGAGCAGCUAGAGGAGCGACGGCACCGCCUGGAGAGGCAGAUCAGCCAGGACAUUAAGCUUGAGCCAGAGAUCUUGCUCCGCGCCAAACAGGACUUCAUGAAAAUCGACAGUGCUCCAGAUCUAGAGCUGUUAAAGGAGAAGAGUGUGGACACUGUUGAUGAUGGCUUUCUGGAGAGAGAAAUGCCUAUGGAGAAGGAGUAUCAGCGGGUCUCUAUUUCUGGAGAGGAGAAGUGUGGGGUGCCCUUCACUGACCUGGUAGAUGCUGCAAAGUGUGUGGUGAAGGCUUUAUUCAUACGGGAGAAGUACAUGAAACGAUCUAUGCAAAGCUUUUGUAAGACCACAGCUCAGACCCUGCUGGAACUUGGGAUGAAGCCUCUGGAGCUGAGAGUGUACGAGGAUAUACCAGAGACCCCUGUAGAUGCUGAUGCCCCUGUCCACCCACCUGUUUCAGAGACACACCCCUACGACAACCAGGACCCCAAGAGUAUGCCACCAGACACUGGACAUGGUUGCAAAAUGGUGGAUGGAGUAGUCCAUGUCUACACAAAGAAAACCAACAUGGACAAGAGUUCCGAACUGGACCUCCCCUAUCCUGACCUGAAGGAAUAUAUCGCUGACAUGAAUGUUAUGAUGGCACUCAUUAUAAAUGGGCCAGUGAAAUCCUUCUGCUACCGCCGCCUGCAGUACCUGAGCUCUAAAUUCCAGAUGCACAUCCUCCUGAAUGAGAUGAAGGAGUUGGCAGCUCAGAAGAAAGUACCACACAGAGACUUCUACAACAUACGAAAGGUGGACACACACAUACAUGCAUCAUCCUGCAUGAAUCAGAAGCACCUGCUGCGAUUCAUCAAGAGAGCCAUGAAGAAAUACCCCGGGGAGAUCGUUCACAUUGAGCGAGGCCACGGUCAGACCCUGAAGGACGUGUUUGAGAACAUGAAUUUGACGGCCUUUGAUCUGAGCGUAGACACUUUGGACAUGCACGCCGACCGCAACACGUUCCACCGGUUUGACAAAUUCAACGCAAAGUACAACCCCAUCGGAGAAUCCAUCCUCAGAGAGAUCUUCAUCAAGACUGACAACCACAUCGAAGGAAAAUACUUUGCACACAUAAUCAAGGAGGUGAUGUAUGACUUGGAGGAGAGUAAAUAUCAGAACUCCGAGCUACGUCUGUCCAUCUACGGUCGCUCCAGAGACGAGUGGGAUAAGCUGGCUCAGUGGGCUGUUAAACAUCGAGUGUACUCUGACAACGUGCGCUGGCUUAUCCAGGUGCCCCGCCUGUUUGAUGUGUACCACACAAAGAAGCAGCUGGCUAAUUUCCAGGAGAUGUUGGAGAAUAUCUUCAUGCCUCUGUUUGAGGCCACAAUCAACCCAGCCAGUCAUCCCGAGCUGCACCUCUUCCUGGAGCAUGUGGUGGGCUUUGACAGCGUGGACGAUGAGUCUAAGCCUGAGCAUCACAUUUUCAACUUAGACAGCCCACUGCCAGUCAACUGGACAGAAGAAGACAACCCACCCUACUCCUACUACCUCUACUACACCUACGCCAACAUGACUGUGCUCAACCACCUGCGACGGCGGCGAGGCCUCCAUACAUUUGUGCUUCGACCUCACUGUGGGGAGGCGGGGCCGAUCCACCACCUGGUGUCAGGUUUCAUGUUGUCAGAGAACAUCUCCCACGGGCUGCUGCUCAGAAAGGCUCCAGUGCUGCAGUAUCUCUACUAUCUGGCUCAAAUUGGUAUCGCCAUGUCACCCCUGAGUAACAACAGCCUGUUCCUCAGUUACCAUCGCAACCCGCUGCCAGAGUACCUGUCCAGAGGCCUCAUGGUCUCUCUGUCCACUGAUGAUCCGCUUCAGUUCCACUUCACCAAGGAGCCUCUGAUGGAGGAGUACAGCAUUGCCACCCAGGUGUGGAAACUAAGCUCUUGUGACAUGUGUGAGCUGUCGAGAAACAGUGUCCUCAUGAGUGGAUUUUCACACAAGGUCAAAAGCUACUGGCUUGGCCCCAGUUAUGCCAGAGAAGGUCCAGAGAGCAACGACAUCCGUAGAACCAACGUGCCGGAUAUUCGUGUGGCGUACCGCAGCGAGACACUCUCUGAGGAACUGCAGCUCAUCAUUCACGCUGUGCGCACUGAAGAGCUGGACACCAUAGAUGAGGAGGACUCUCUGUCCAUGGGCCCUCUCCCUGGAGGACGCUGAUUUUACGAACACACCAAAUCGUCCUGUGAAUCCAUAAGUCCAACUAGCAUGACACUGAAGACACAUGGUGUCUGUCAUUUAUCUUAUAUAUAGUACAAACACCUCCAACAUUAUCUAUAGAAGUAUACUGCACACUGACAGCCAAGGAUACAAGUCUGACAUAGCAUGCCAUCCUCUACCUACCUAAUUUCAUUGAGUCAGUUUUAGGUUCCAGAAAAUGAUUUAAUCACCCUAAAUCAUGUUUCAAUUUCUAAGUUUAUAUUCAUUUAAUUUACUCUGUUAUUCAGGGACAUGCUUGAACUCACCAGAAUAUACAAAGCAUGUAGUUUCAGUAUACUGCAGAAACACUGACAACCAGCACACUGACGCUUGUCAUGCUGCUAAACUAUACGUAAUGCAUAUAUCAUCUUUAUUAUUCAAGUUUAUAAUGAAGGACCACUGGUUAUGUAGGAUUGUAAUAUUCAGUUUCACAUACCAACACAAACAACUGUGACAGGUUCCAUGUUUUGAGCCACUGCAGUGCAGCUUUAAUCAUGGGUGUAAAGUGCAAAUGAUGCAGAGGAGUCCUACAUGAAGAGAGGACCUGAUAUAUGGUGCACUGUGUGGCUUCUUUUUACCAAAUCGCACACUAAAUUGUUCUUCCAUGAGAUGGAGACAAACUCCAAAGCCUCCAAGGCGCAGCAUCCUGGGGUUGACUGCAAAACAUUCCGUGAAAUAAAUAGUCCUCUUCAGCUGCAGUAAGCGUGGAAAAUCAUAUAAUGGUAUUUAUUAGGAGAAAGGGGAAAAUGUAAUGUAGCUUUUAGCCACAGCACAAAUAUGUGUGGAUGGACAUUGUCUAAUGAACGCCCUCACUGUGACCUUGUUGUAGCCAUGAAAACCUGGACCCUGUGCCCUUCCUAAUGACCCUCUUUGACUCAUUCCUCCCCCCUUAAAAAAAAAACAAAGUCUCCCCUUGUGCAUGCAUUGAAGUGUACAUAGCAGUAUGCACAAAGCCAAGACUUCACAGUGCCUUUUCCUUUUCAGCUUUGGGCACUGCAUGCCCAGAUUCUGUCUUUACUCGAGGAAUGUUGCUUUGUUUCUCUUUCUCUACUUACAUGUGCUCUUUGUUUGCAUGCCUGCAUGAAUAAUGGAUGGCAGAGAGAGAAUGAUUGUUUACACAGUAAGCUGUAAUGUAAAAGCAUCUUUACUGAUUCAGAGCUGCAGACAGGCUUUCAAGUCAGAAAUCUGUUACAGCUAACAGAUUCAAACAAACCAUGUAGAUAUGAGAAAAAACCAUGCUGGGACAUGGUUAAGACCGUUGCAUGGUCCUUGUAGCAGACAUUAUUUUUUGAAUCACCCAAAACGGAUUAAAGCUGGGAUCAUGUUUUAUACCGUACGUCAUCAUGUUAUCACAUCCUGCCACUGCACACGCUCCAACCUCCCAACCAGCUGUGAGUAUUUAAAGCAGUUGGAACAUACUGAAUGCUUAGACUAGGAAACUAUCAGCCUUUCUUUAAAUGACCAACUGUAAUGUAUAAUUAUACAUUCAUGUAUGUUUCUCAUUAGUAAGGAAAAAGAGAUGUGUACUUAUCUUACCCAGCAAGAACACUAGCUUCUAGGUGUUCAAGGGAUGCACUGGAGUUGUGUGCUGAACUUGGUGAAUGUUUGUUGGAUUUCAUGUACAAAGUGUAUUUUUUUAAAAGUGAUAUAGAGAUAAGAAAUUUUAUAUUCACGGUAUAUUAAUGUUAAAAUUUAACAGUUUGAUUCGCAGUAUGUCUUGAAAGUAGAGGUUGUUUUUUUUUAAUACAGUUGAAUGUUGUCAGCCUUUUUAAUUUGCUUUCUGGAUGCCAUAAUUAUACAGGAGCCAUUUUUCCUCACCUGCGUACUUAUUCAGGAUAGCUGCACUUCACACAGACUUACAUGUAAAAUUAGCCCUAUUUUUGCAUUGCAUCUAUAUAUCUUGUCAUAUUCUACGUUUACUGUCGAAAUAGACAAAUGUAUGUUUAUUAAGGGAAUGUAGAAUCUGCACCGGCCUAAACCUUUUCCAUCCAUUAACUUCACAACUUGUCACUUCAAGGUUACAUGUUGUUUUUUUACACUCAGCACAAAGUAGUGCACACAUUACAGCGUGCACCCUACCUCACAAAAUACUCACCUCUGAUCAGUGUCAUGUUACAGCUCUGUGGUGUGCCACAACUAAGGAUAAUGUUCACUCUUGAUUUAUUGAUCAAUUGGGGCAUUAAUGAAUACUUAAAGUUUGUUUGCCCAACAAAUGAUCCAAACCCCCCAAAUUUCCCUUUUCCUUUGAUACCGCACACAAACAACUAAUUAACCAUUUUAGAUACUUGAACCACCAGAUUGUGGUCAUAUUACCUUCUAGAAAUUGUUUAAAAGAUGUAUUGUUUUGUAGAAUUGUUAUUGUUUUUUCAGUUUUUUGCCAAUCAAAUACUUGAUUAAUCACUUGAUGAUUGCACAUGACAAAUGAUUCACAAGUUAGCGCAGUUCACACUAUUUACCGUAAUACAUCUAUUAGAUGUCAUCACAAAUCAGUAUUUGAUGUUGGAGCAGUUAUUCAGAUAUAUUCUAUAUUCACAGAUUUCUAGUUCAGUUACUCUGGUUCACAUGUUCACACUGUGUAUUUCUACUUUACAGUGCACACAUUGCCAGUAUUCUGAGGCUAACAAUCAAGAUAUGUUUGUGUUAGCUGAUAUGUUCCUUGUUUGUUUUCACAGUUUCACAACUUGUUGAUGUUUUUAAUUUGUUUCAUUUCAUGUUUAACAAUCUAUAGCCAUAUUAUUGUCUGAAAUGGAUUGCCAGUGUGAAACAAACUCAGAUUCUUCUUCUGGAUAGGCUCACCUGUAACGUCUAAAUUAUGAAAUAAAGCAUGAUAACUCACCAAACCUC